AUGCUAAACGAGAGUUUGGAAUCUGAUCGCGAAAUAGACCCAGAAAGAGAAAGACAAAAGCUUAUGCUAAAAAGGCAGAAGUCAAUCGAAGAGAGUCUCUAAUUAAAUGUUAAGGAUCACAUAGUAAAAUUAGAAGUAUUGAUUAAACAAUAUUUGAAGAAUUAUUUAGCUGAACUUAAAAAAGACUUAGAAAUCAGCAAAAAAGAGAUGUCUAACUUAAGAAUGGAUAUAGCAACAGUAAAAAAUAAUCACGGCAAAUCAAGCGAUGAUCUAUGUACUUUUAUAUAAAAUGAUGCAAAAAGAUAACUAAAUGAGGCAUUAAAGAAAUCUUAAGAUGCUAAACAUGAUGCUGAAUUUUUGGAUGCUCAAUUAAAUGUUUUAAAAAGUGAUAAAGAGAAAUUGCAAGAUGUUACAGGAACAUUAGAAAAGAGAAUAAUAUCUUGUGAAACAGAUGUUGGUUUUAAACACGUGUAUGAUUGA